AUGAAUAAAAUUUUUCUCGAACUUGAAAGUAUUGAAUACACAAUAGGAAAUUGUCAUUUGCAUAUAAAAGAUUUACCAUGGCCAUCAACAUUAACACAUCUUAGCAUUAUCUUUGAUUAUGACGGAUAUUUUGAUCGUAUACAACGUUCUCUUGUUCAUUUAUCAUCAUUAAAUAGUCUUGAAAUUUAUCAAAAAGAAAAAGGAACAUUACUUCCUAAUGGUCAACUAUGGGAAAACCUGAUUCAUUCAUCACUUCCAUUAUUAAAAAUCUUCAAAUUUUAUUUCCAAUUCGAAUAUUCAUCACAACUAUCUAAUCAAAUUGAACAAGUAAUAUCAUGGUUUUCUACACCAUUCUAUGUACUUAAAAAUAAAUGGUUUAUUCGUUGUGAUAUACCUGAUAGAUAUCACGGGCGUGCAAUUCUCUACUCACUACCAUUUUCCUUUCAAAUCUAUACAACUUUUCAAGGUUCUAUCAUCAAAACUAUUUUAACUUUAUUGGACGAUGAUAACAAUGAUUUCUAUACGAAUAUAUUCUCAAAUGUUAAAAAAUUAUAA